AUGAAACUUGAGAACAUUUUGGAUGACAAUGGCGAGGGAACGAAACGAGUGGAAGAGAUGCUGGGGUCCGCACGUCCAGUGAAGACGGGCCAUCUAGCACGUUACAGUAGAAUCGCUAAUUCUUCGACAGAAGACGAAAAAGUUAUUUUGUUCUUUUCAAAUGUAGUAAUCAAUGCGGUAACACAGCAGUGGCUCGAUGUGUGUCCUAAGCGUCCAAAUUGUUUCUUUAAUUUUAUUAUUAUUAUUAUUAUUAUUAUUAUUAUUAUUAUUAUUAUUAUUAUUAUUAUUAUUAUUAUUAUUAUUAUUAUUAUUAUUAUUAUUAUUAUUAUUAUUAUUAUUAUUAUUAUUAUUAUUAUUAUUAUUAUUAUUAUUAUUAUUAUUAUUAUUAUUAUUAUUAUUAUUAUUAUUAUUAUUAUUAUUAUUAUUAUUAUUAUUAUUAUUAUUAUUAUUAUUAUUAUUAUUAUUAUUAUUAUUAUUAUUAUUAUUAUUUUAUUAUUAUUAUUAUUAUUAUUAUUAUUAUUAUUAUUAUUAUUAUUAUUAUUAUUAUUAUUAUUAUUAUUAUUAUUAUUAUUAUUAUUAUUAUUAUUAUUAUUAUUAUUAUUAUUAUUAUUAUUAUUAUUAUUAUUAUUAUUAUUAUUAUUAUUAUUAUUAUUAUUAUUAUUAUUAUUAUUAUUAUUAUUAUUAUUAUUAUUAUUAUUAUUAUUAUUAUUAUUAUUAUUAUUAUUAUUAUUAUUAUUAUUAUUAUUAUUAUUAUUAUUAUUAUUAUUAUUAUUAUUAUUAUUAUUAUUAUUAUUAUUAUUAUUAUUAUUAUUAUUAUUAUUAUUAUUAUUAUUAUUAUUAUUAUUUUUCAUUGCUGUAUGA